AUGGGAAAUUGUAAGUCGGCUAAUACAAUAGAUGUAUCAUGUAAUCAUAAUAAACCUCACAUUGCUAUAUGCUUAGGAUAAGCAUGCACAAGAGAUGAAGGUGAUAGAAGAUUAUGUGAAGAAUGUUUGGUUGAUCAUAUGUGUAAUGAUCGUAUCACUAUAGAUGAAGGUAUAGAGUAAUAUUUUAUAUUAAGCAAUUAAGUUUGAUAACCAUGGAAUUUAAGAAAUAGUGGAAAAGUUUGACAGAGAUUAAAAUUCACCAAAUUCAUCAGGUGGAUUAACUUAAACAUUAGCAAAUUUUAAAAAUAAUUUCUUUGAGAGCUUUAAAUCAUACUAAGGCUAUUAUGAUAUCUAUUUGAAUUAGUAUCUACUUCAAGGAAUACCUGAUGCAGAAGUAUUUGGAGAAGCCGCAAGUUAAAUUGUAGAAGCAUUUGAAAAAAAUGAUUUAGGUUACAUAUAAAAAUAAGGAUGCCAAAUAUUACUAAAUACUUACAGCAAUCCAUAAUUAAUAAAAUAGAUAGUCAUAAAUUUAGAUUCAGCAUCAAAGAAAAUUUCAUAAUAUUAGAGUUAAGUAGAAUAGAAAUUGAGAAAGUUAUCAGAUGUAUUCUUUAAGGAGCUUCUGUCUUUACCAUAUAAAACAGCAAAAUAAUUUAAUGGUUCUAUUUUAAAUUUAGAUCCAAAAACAUAUUCAUAUGAAUUCUCAGCAUAUUUAACUACUGUAGAUACAAAUAGAACAAGCGGUUCAUUAAUUUCAUUGAAUUGUAGUGAUCACAAUUAAAAAAUCUAAGUAAUUUGUUGUGACAGAUGCCCAAAUAAAGAUAAUAGAUUAUGUGGAUAAUGUUUGAUCACUCAUAAAUGUAAUGCUGGAUAAAGAAUAAAAUUGAAAUCUUUUAGUUAGGAUCAAGCAGCAAUAAUCGAUGCAGCAAUGAAAUAUUAAAAGAAAGUAAAUAUUAAAUUAGAUAGAAAAAUAGAAAUAAGAGAUACAGGAAGCAAAAUAAAAAGUAAAGAUGAUUUUUGAGGAUUUUAUGAGAUAAGCAAUAAAGGAAAUAGAAGUUUUGGGAUAGAAUUCAAAAAGAAUGAUGUGUGAAUCGUAAUUGGAUGGAAUAGACAUAUAAAUUAAAUAAGAGUUGCCAGCUUAUGUUAAUAAAUUAAAACUAGUACAUAUUGAUAUUUUAUGAGUGGUAUUU